CGCUGACAAUUGUUGACAGUACUUGCUGGGAGACAAGUGGACCACGACACGACAUGCCUCGGAGCAACACAACUAGUGUUGCUUCGAAGAAGCCGCUGCGAGAGAAGCUGGCCAUUGUCGAGGAAUGGGAGAAGUCCGGUGAGUCCAAGUACGUGAUUGCCAAGAAGUACGGCCUCCAGAGCAGCCAGAUCACACGCUGGGCCAGAAACAAGUCCAUUCUCGUUGAACGUGCGUCCAUGUACCCCAACAAUCUGACCUUGCACGUUGGUCGGACUGUGACGAAACCUGAAGCCGAGCAAAAGCUCCUCAUGUUCUACCGUCAAAGGUGGUUGAGCAAUCAACCCGUGACCCCCAACAUUCUCAUCAAUGAAGCGCUCAAAAUCGACCCGACGUUCCAUGCAGGAUCGAAGAAGACCCUGUCGAGUUGGGUGUACGGGUUCAUCGACCGCAACAAACUCGUGGUGUCUCGGUCCAAACGAAACUCAUUCACGGAAGCAGCAACUCGUCGCGUGCAGUCGAAGCCACAGAGAGCCACCAAGUCGUGUAAUGCGGUGGCACGAUUGGGCAAAAAGGCAAGUGCUACCAAGGCCAAACGCGUUGAAGAGACAUCGCAUAACCACACUGAUCAACAACGUUUGAUUCAGUCAGACUCGACUGGAUCAUUCCCUGCUGUGGAAGAUCCAUCGAUGGCCGCGUGUCGCGACGUCCGCUUGUUCAAGGACGCAUUAGGUGUCGAGCACUAUUACGCGGCGUUGGACCUGCUGGCCGAUCCAGGAAUGGCAAGGACAUUCAUUGUCAUGUCCAACGAAGAUCGACUUGGAUGGCUGCAAUGGAAGUUGAAGCCAGCAACGUAAUCGUCCAUGCCCUGCCUCUGGUCAAUAAUUGUGAAAAUGAAUUGUGUCUGUUUCGAGAGGGCUCGGUGCCACAUGAUGGGACUAUGUGGCACUCAAUCCCAUCCGAGCUGCAGGGACGUGGUCGAUGUUGGAAGGCUUCAUCCAUUGCACCAUUCGCCGGUGAUGCGUCGUCGGACGCGACGACGGAUUCUUGGAUGUGCUAACAAGUGCAGCAGAGCUACCUAUUUCAUUCAAACUUGAGCGAGCUACGCUCCAUGGCGUUGACACCCCCACAGGGUUCGAUGGCGUCUUCUUGAGGUCCACCACAACGUUGCUAAAUUAGAUUGAG